AUGGGGAUAGAGGUGUGUUGUACCCUUGGCAUGCUCGAUAAAGAUCAGGCUGGUGAACUCAAGAAGGCGGAUUUUACUGCCUAUAAUCACAAUCCUGACACUUCUAGGGAAUACUAUCCAAACAUCAUCACAACAAGGAGUUAUGAUGAGCGCCUUCAAACUCUUGAAUAUGUUCGUGAUGCAUGGAUUAAUGUUUGCUCUGGAGGAAUUAUCGGGCUCGGAGAAGCUGAGGAAUACCUUGUAGGUUUGCUACAUACAUUAUCAACACUUCCUACACAUCCAGAAAGUGUUCCCAUUAAUGCACUUGUUCCUAUUAAUCAAUUUGUUGCAAUCAUAAUAUUGAGUUAUUAUCUAUGA